GAGAAUCUCCAAUAUGAUGCCAUUGUCAGAGAGAAGAUCAUUUGCCUCAAAUAAUCCCAAGAUAACUCUUACACAAAAAUUUUAAGUUCCAUACAUACCCUUAUUGAUGCCAUGCCACUUUUAUAGAAGAGGUGAUAACUCUUAACACCAUACUCCCAACCUCUCUUCAGUUCAACCAAAUGAACUUUCAUAAACAAAAGCGCUUGAUUAUUAUAGUAACACCAACCUUAUCAUGGUUGUUGUUGAUAAACUCAAACAUUGUUUCUGGAUUUGGUCAUGCUAAUGGAUUUGGUGAACAAUCACUCUCCAAAAUCGCCAUUCACAAAGCACUUGUUUCACUCCAUAGUGCUGCCUCAGUUACAUCUACUCCUAUUCUCGGCACUAAGAUGACAGUCACAUGGACAAGUGGAUAUGACAUAAAUGAAGCUACGCCUUUUGUUGAAUGGGGUCCUGAGGGAAAAACGCCUGUGCAAAGUCCUGCUGGAACAUUGACAUUCAGUCGAAACAGCAUGUGUGGUUCACCUGCACGAAUUGUUGGUUGGCGUGACCCUGAUUUCAUACACACAAGCUUUCUCAAAAAUCUGUGGCCAAAUUUAGUGUAUACAUACCGACUAGGUCAUCUUUUGUCUAAUGGUUCGUACAUUUGGAGCAAGAAAUAUUCAUUCAAGUCAUCGCCUUAUCCCGGACAGGACUCACUGCAGCGUAGAAAGAACACUAAAGCUAGCUAUAAGAUAAAACUAUAAAUUCUUCAUUUCAUUCAUUAAUUUCCAAUCUCUCAAACAUUACACAUAUAUAGUGCGCGCUAAAGUAUGUUUCGCUUCUGCAUAGCUGACACUGAACAUGAUUGGUGAGAAGGAUCUGACCAGUACAAAUUCAUUCAGCAUUGUCUUGCAACAGUAGACAAGCAAACACAACCAUGGUUGAUCUUCGCUGCGCAUCGUUUGCUUGGAUAUUCCUCUGACUUUUGGUAUGGAUCGGAAGGGUCGUCUGCAGAACCCAUGGGAAGGGAAAGUUUGCAGAGGCUUUGGUAGAAAUAUAAAGUAGAUAUUGCAUUUUUCGGCCAUGCCCAUAGCUAUGAAAUA